AUGCGCUCACGGAAACCACCACGGUCCGAGUCACGAUUUCUGUCUUAUCUUUGGGAACUUGAAAGAACGAAGAAAGCCAGUCGCGAGCCGGAGGAAGAGAAGCAGACAUUGAAGGAGGACGUUGAGCAGGAGGCAGAGCCCCAGGCCAAGGAAAGCAAGACGGAAGAAGAGCUCGAAGCGGGCGUGAAGCCUGCCACCUUCACUGAUGCGGAUGCUAUCGAUGAUAAGGACAUUGAACCUCUCAAUGAUGACCAGGGGGGGACUGCCAAUGACACUAAUGAGGACCCUGUCGACGACUGCCUCACGGAAGCCGUGAACGGCGGUCAUGAUGACUUCCUUGACAAGUCUCUCGACGGUACGCACGAGGAGCCUGUCAACGGCAUACAUGAAAAAUCCGUUGAUGGUACGCAUGAAGAAGCUGUUGAAAACACCAACGAUAGUAUCGUCAGCGGAGGAACAAGAGAGGAAACCGUCACCAGCACGCCUAGGGAAUCUGUUGAUGGCAGUCGUCAUGAGCAACCUGCUAACGAUAAAGACGAGGCACCCAGCACGAGCGCACGUGAAGAGUCUGGAAACCAUGAAAAAGACGAAGGGCCAAGCGAACCGCGUCCCGAGCCUCCAAGGUACCGUGGGAAGCCCAAGUUCAAGCGGCUUGUGGAAUUCGACAACUUGCGUCCCAGCCUAUGA